UAGUACUGCGUUGCAUAGGAGUACAGCCAGAGGAUACCCCUGCUCAACUCCUUCACCAGCUUUCUUCUGAAUAAAACCUAUCAACUCUCCAAGACUGUUUUUCUCUCUUCUCUCUCUCUGGGGUAUUAUUAGUUGUUGAAUCGAUUAAACGUUGAAAUGAAGAAACUCUACCGGAAAGGUUCAGUCCAUCCGUCGCCGCCACUAGUCUCCGACCCACUUGCUUUUCUUCCGGCGGCCAUUUUGACACUCUCUGCCGCACUCUCGCCGGAAGACAGGCAAGUACUCGCUUACCUCAUUUCCUGUUCCUCAAGCAGCUUUUCAUCCAAUCGCAGUAAAUCAACAUCAGCAGCAGCAGCAGCAACCGCCAGAACUGGAAGUUCCAGUGGGGACCACGCUCCGUCUUUCAGCUGCAAUUGUUUCAGAUGCUACACGAGUUACUGGGUCAGGUGGGACUCUUCACCGAAUCGUCAACUGAUUCACGAAAUCAUCGAUGCUUUGGAGGACGAUUUGGCCCAGACCCAACUUGGAAAGGGUGGUAGUAAGAAGGAAAGACGUAAGAGAGGCCCUAAAGUUUCUGAUGAGUCUAAGAGAUCUUCAGAGAUAUUGAUUCAGGGGAAGGAAGAAAGUAGUGUAAAACCAGAGUUACCGACGGAGGAAGUGGUAAGCGAAGGUGGAUUGAGUGAAGAGAUUUCCGGCGGAGACAGUGUUAUCGAAGCUGAGGAGAUGGAGAAGGGUUCGGUUAGGAAGAUUGUGAGCUUUAUAGGGGAAAGAUUCUGGAACAUUUGGACAUGAUGAAUCGAAAAAACUAUAGGAAAACAGAGGUGGGUUUUCUGGUGUUUUCCUUUUGCAUCUUUCUUUCUUUCUCAGAAAACUUUGAUGAAUCGUUUCUUCUGUUAAUCUCUUUGUUCCUUCCUCCUUUUGGCUGCUUAAGUUGUACUAUAUUAAUUACCCUUUUCAAUGUAAAAACAGAAUGGGUGUUUUUUGAAGGAUUCUAGCCUCAUUCCCCCAUUCAAUCUUGUUUCACUA